UAAGAUUGCAAUUAGAAAGAUGGCUAAUUCACGUUUGUUUAUAAGAUCAGUUCCAAAUAUAUUAAAUAAUUACGGAUUGACAAGAUGCAGUUUUACACUACUUAAAAAAGGAUACAGUGUUUUUCCACCUACUUAUAUUAAACCAACAUUUCGAAAAGAUGAGCAAGAAGCACUACUUAAUGAUCCAGAGUCAAAAAAGAUUGUUCAUUACCCGGUGAAACCAGCAUUAGCCUCUGACACAUGCUCUGAGUUCUAUGAUCCCAGAGUGCUGAAAUUUAUUUCUAUUAUUAUGAGAGAUGGAAAUAAGAAGUUAGCGACAAUAUUGGUGACCAAAGCUUUUGAAAAUGUCAAGAGAAUACAAUUGGAGCGUUAUCAUAAAGCGAAAACAAAUGAAGAGAAAGAUAGCAUUGAAUUAGAUCCAUUUGUAGUUUUUCAUCGUGCUGUUGAUAAUUGCACACCUAUUUUGCAUUUAAUACCUUGUAGAAAAGGUGGAAUUACAUAUCAGAUUCCUGUUCCAGUUUCACUUGUAACGGCACAGCAUAAAGCUAUGCUAUGGUUGAUUCAAGCUGCGAACGAAAAGAACAGCGAACAGAGAUUUUACGAUAUAUUAGCCAAGGAAUUAGUGGUAGCUUCUCAGAAUCAGGGCCGUGCAGUCAAAUGGAAGCAAGAAUUACAUAAGAAAUGCCAGGCCAAUCGAGCUUAUGCACACUUUAGGUGGUUGUAAGUGAAACAUAGUGUUUUGUAAAUAAAAUUAAUUUUUAAGCUCAA